AUGAACACCAUAACGCGCGAGAAAGCGAUUUGCAUGUUCUACUGCGAACCAUACAGCAAGGCUCGUGCUAUAGAUCUUUUAAACGGAAUUGAAAAUAUUGGUCUUGAUGUUUGUUACAAAGACGAUCCCACGACGCCAAGUGUACUUUGCACAAAAUCCAUUGACCAAAACCCAUACAAAAACAAAAGAUAUAAAAAUGAAAACACAACGAAUAUAAUCAUAUAUUCAGAAGAUGAAAUACAGUAUAAAAUAGUUAAUCAAACACAGCUCGUAGAGUUUCUUAAUACAAAAUAUGUACCCUUUGGCAUGGAUUAUGAUGAUCUAUAUGAGCCCAAAAGCCUAUCUUCCAGUGAAAUUUUCAGCGAUGUCUUGAAAAUUACUAAUGUUCUUGAUAAUAAGAGUGUCAUUGGAUUUACUAAAUGGUGCAGCGAUAAAAAAUUGAAGCUAAUUGAAGCCACCUCAAAAAGAAGAAUGAAUGAAGCAGGACAAAAAGUCGCGAUCCGUCUCCUCUAUACACUCAAGAACGAAUUUAUCGGUAAGAUCCAUUUUUCUAUUAUGCGCAAGUUUUUAUAUUAUAUAUAUGUUCUAAGAAUAUCAUACUAUUUUAGAAGCAGCUUUAGAAGAUAUUGUUAUGCUUUUGCCAAGAUAUCAAGAAAAUCUCAAAAAGAUGAAAGAAGAUGGCUACGAAGUAGUUGGAUAUACCAGAAAAUCGAAAGGUGA